GUGUUCACGUUGUAGUAUGCGUGGUCUUCCGCUCCUUCCCCGUAGUAUUGACAGUCGCAUGAUGUUGGAUCGAUCAGUUAUUAGUAGCUCGUUUCGUUUUGACCAAGGGAAGAGAGAUCAUCGAUUGCGCUCGAGAAGUCGGGAGGCAGUUACGUACUUGGCAUCACCACUGAAAGGAAGCCGACGUUCUUUUGAAGAUCGGAAGCGUAAUAUGAAUCUCAUCUAGGAGUGGAUCAGGCCCUUUCGACCGACUUUCAAAACAAUGAAAAUAGACUUCUUUUUUUGGUCUGCACCCGGGUUGGCGGUUGAUGUGGUGUGGAGAGAGUUCGUUCAUCGAUAAUUGAGCUGUACUUAGAAAGAUGCGACAACAGAAGUACAGUCUGACUCUGGUACAGCUCUUCUAGCGACGCGGUUCUCCUUUACGUGGCACAGGUUAUUCGUUGCGGCCCGACAAGAAUACCAGGACCGCCACUUCGACGUGGUUCCUCCAGUGUUGCUGAGCCAGUGGAGGCCGAGCAUCAACCGCGUUGUGAGCUACUCUCUCAUCGGGCUCCUGCAGCGAAGCUCCGGUUCCCCACCCCGCAGGGUGACUUCGUUUUCCGCGUUCCCUCAUUAUUUAACUCCGUGGUCGUUGAGGAGAGCGUCUUUAUUUCGCGAUCUCGAGUGGACUUUCAGCUGCCGCGUCGUUGCCAGUAGAGGACCGCGACUCCAGCGCUGCAACACGAAAAACCGCAAGAGCAGCGCGACGAAGGACCACACGGAAGCAGGAGGCGACGUGCUCGCCCUCGUGAUUUUUGCGGCAGCUUGUUGCUCCUACGGCUGGUACGAGGCAGUCGGACUACCUCCACGUGAACGAAGGACCGACUGGCCGAACUUUGCCUUCGCCGCCCCAGCCGACGAUCUUCUUCUACCCUCGGACAAGAAGCACUUGAUCCCACCCGCACUACCCCCACCACCACCGACCCACCAUGGCGACCGCCGGUACGCGGAAGACCCGCAAGACGGGCAUGAUGGCGAUGUCCGAGGAGGAGAAAAGGAGAAACAGCAUGGAAUUGCUGGAAGAGGAGAAAAAAGCCACCGACUUGAGUAUGAAUCUGUCAGGAUUGAAAUCGUCAAAGUUGAAAUGGUUUGUCAUGCAUAAAAUGCAAGGCAUGAAGUGCCUGUCCUGCUGGGAUGGCAAGUGAGGCAGAUUGUGAGCCUAUUCAGGGUUCGGGAUAGAGUUGCCAAAGGAGCAUGACAAAAGCACUUCUCUGUGCCCAAACAGCAUGACAAAUUGGAUUUUGGUGCUCCGAAAAUUUGUAUCCAUUUUAUGCAUGACAAAUUAUUUCAACUUUGUCGAUUUCAAACCUGACGCUUCCAUAUUGAUUUUCGACCUCGUGCGGUCCGGCACGCUUUUAGAAGAGCUCGACCAGGUUGAUGUCACCCUCCUGCCAAAAAUCAAGGACGUCUUCCAGAACACGCCGUUCCUCUGCGCCGCCGAAUGCAAGAAAACGGACAUCAUGGCGUUUUUACUCGGGAUAUGAACUGCAAAAGUUAAAGUAUCGUACUCGUAUAAAUGCAUGACAAAUUCUCUCAGCGUGAGAAAUGAAAUUUGCAAUGCGGAUUUACGUUGCGAAAAAAACUUGCGGUGCGUGACUGCAAUACGAGUGCGAUGCUUUUGCACUUGAUACGGGAAGCAGGUAUCCGAAGUCGGAGAAGUGUGUGCGAAUACGGGCAACACCGCGUUGCAUCUGUCCGUUUUGAACGGAAAUUUUGCCGGUGUGGAGCUGCUGUUGGGAAAGAAAGCCGAGCUGAACAUCGCAAAUAACGUCGGGUGGACACCGGUAAUUAUGAUUUUGAAAUUCAAUCUCAAACAGCAGCUGAAAAUGCAAAAUUUAAAGUUUUUGGAAGGCUUACAUUCUGUACCUGUGCCAUGGUGUGAAUUUCGUUUCUCUGCUACUAGAAAGACUUGCUCAACAUUGCUCGCUGAAAAGAGAUCUAUUCCGUUUUCCGAAAAAAAACAGCACCAAACAUCAAAACCAAGGUUUUCCUCGCAGUUGCGCACAACCAGCCACAGUUGCUCACCUCGUUGAUCCAGGCCAAGGCCGACUAUGCAAUGCAAAAGUAUCGUACUCGUAUAAAUGCAUUACAAAUUAGUCCAGCACUACAAAUUCAAAUUUGUAAUGCUGAUUUACCUUGAGGAAAAGAUUUGUAAUGCAUAAAUGCAAUUACUACGAGUGCGAUACUUUUGCACUGGAUACCGACAUCGCCAACGCCAUCGACCAGGACGGCAAUACACCCUUGCACCUCGUAUCAAACGCAAAUAUGUCUGGGUCUGGAAGAUUGAUUCCGAGGUCUGUCAUGCAGUUUGUCCAAGCUCCACCAAGUCUGGAAUGCAGGGCCUAGCAUCACAGGAUCUGCAGCCCCUCUGUGAUGCCUGUUUCGCAUGAGAAAUGCCCUUUCAGCAUGGCGUGAAAUGUUGCGCACCUUUUGCAAGUCACGCAACACAGAUUUUUGCAUGAUCCGGAACAUGCAUCGCAAGUUGCAUCCUUGCAGAGGCCCCAGACAUAUUUGCAAUGCAUAGCUCGCUUGCCAGUAUAACAACGUCGAUUUGACGUCCCAACUAGUCCUCAACCAAGCGAACCCGGACGCAAGGAAUUUCGACGGCCUCACCCCCCUAGACAACGCGCAGGAGCACGAGAUCUGCAAGGCUUUUCUCCGGGAGGUGCUGGCGCAGAACCAGCAGUUGAUCUACGCGGCGCGGGACGGUGACACCACGAAAAUCACGGAGAUACUAGAAGACAACCCGUUACUGGUCAGGUUAGACAAGCGGGUAGACGGGAUGUCCGCUUUGGAGUGGGCGGUGAUGAUAUGCAACGAAAAAACUUAAACUGUUUCCCUGUGGUGAUUUUGCACAAUCUGCAUCACAAGUUUGUUACGCAUGACACGGAAAAUCUUUAAUGCGGGGUUCCAAAGGAAAAACACAGCUAGAAAUCAAUUGUCUUGCAUGUGUGGCAUGACACACACUUGUGCGAUCCAUUUUCUGCAUCACAAGUUCACAGUGAGGCAUUUUCUUCUUGCGAUAGAUGAACGGGCACUAUGAAGCCGUGCAAGAACUGGUGUCCAGUGGCGCGUACUGCAACAUCCCAAGUCUGCAGAACUUUUUGAAGGUAUAAAGUACUUAUCAGAUUUCAGAAGUUUGUCAUGCCCAUGCGCUGCGUCCUGCAUGAAAUUUUUGUGUCAUGCUAGGUAUCCUAACACUUCUAAAGAUACGCUUUUCAAUUUCACAUCUAAACAAAAAAUAGGUAAACGUCGACGACAAUGAGACGCAGGAUAUGGUUCUCGAGGCCCUUUCCUGGAACGAAAAUCUCCAGCUGGCCCUGAAGCAGGCCAACUGGGAUGUGGCGUACACGUUAGUCGACAAGUCUGCCUGUGUUACUUCCCAGGAACCCUUUACCGGCCGCACGCCCCUGCACAUCGCGUGCUCCCACCUGCAGGAGGAGUGUCCGUUCGACCUCGUGUCGCUGUUAAUCACGAAAAAAUCGGACCUGACCGCCCGCGAUGUGAACGGAUGGACGCCGCUGCUCUGCGCGGCCAACGAGUAUCAAAUGCAAAAAUGUCUGGGUCUGGAGGGAUCCAACUUGUGAUGCAUGUGGCGGAUCAUACAAAAAUCUGUGAUGCGCGACUUGCAAAAGGUGCCAAUUUUUGGUCAUGCUGAGAGGGUAUUUCUCAUGCAGAACAGGCAUCACCAAUGGGCUGCAGAUCCUGUCAUGCUAGGUCCUGCAUUCCAGACUUGGCGGAGCUUGGAAAAACAGCAUGACAAACUCCUGGACUCAUCGAGACCCAGACAUGUUUGCAUUUGAUAACGAGGGCCACUACACCACCUGCGCGUGAUAUCCAAGAAAAAAACGUUGUUAGUGUAAAUUUGUGAUGCGUAGUAACAUGCAAGAUGAUUGCGUCGUAAGGCUCAUUAAAGGACGUUUUCGCGUACUAUCUGCGCAUGACAAGUUUUUGCUGUCAUGCCAGACAAAUUUGUAAUGCUGGUCCUCCAAAAAAGUUACACCUACCACGUUUUUUUCUUGGAUACGUGUAUUCUGAAGCACGCGACCAUGCAGACCCCGGCGCCACCACCGGGGCAGACGCAGGAGAAAGUCACGGUCGCGAACUCGGUGCUGCAGCCAAUAUUGAGAGCAAAAUCCCCCGUCCCCAUGUCGAAAGGGUAUGUUUCCGAAAAUUUGUGAUGCUGAUUUGAGAGCACAAAUCACGUCUGUCUUGCAAGAAGACAAGCGCAGAGGCUUCCGCGCCAUUAUGGAAGCGAUUAUUUGGCAUGCUGUUGGCCCUAGGGGGCAGCCGUUUGAAAUGCUAAACAACUAGACCCAAACGCCCCUACCUAGGCUGAGGGUCUGGAUGCGCUGCCUUAUUACAAGACAGCGCGCAUUUACGUACGGAAAUCCAGCAUCAGAAACUUCGUCUCGAUAUGUGGAGGGGGGAUUUUUCCUCACGAUAGCCAAACUUCGAAAACGUGUCGCCAAUAUCAACGGCCAUCAUGCGGGACGAUGUGGUUCUAAUCCGGAUAUGCAUUGCAAAAGUAUCGUACUCGUGUAGUACUUGCAGUUCUGCAUAUACAAAUCUAAAUUGUUAAGCUGAAUCCGCAUUGCAAAUUCAAUUUGUAAUGCUGAGCAAAUUUGUAUUGCAAUUUGUACCAGUACGAGGCUCUUGCAAUCCAUACCGGAUCUUCGCCGAUCACGUGGAAAUGAACAAGGACUCUUUUGCGCGGAUGGAGCUCGCACCCUGGACCGAUUUGGCAGGAGAAGGGGGGAAGCCGGCAGUGGCCUUUUUGCUCUUUCACACCAUGAGCUUCCAGUUCAAGUGCGAGGUAACUAUGAUACGUAGACUGAAUGGCUCGAUUUGUUCAGCGUGUAAUUGCGGUCUUGAAACCUGUUCAUCCGCCGUGAAUACUUGAUUUUGGAUGCACAUGCAGAAAAGUGCAUCACAGAUCGUGUGUUGUACCUAAGUAGCAAUACACAUUUUUCUGUAAAUACAAAUCAGGUAAAGCAAAUUACGCCGUACGUGAUGAAGUGCGCCACUAACGCGUUGCAGAGGUCACACCUAUCCCACGGGAAAAUUUAACACCUAGGUUGUCUACUAGGAAUGUCGCUUGUUGUGUUGCAGUUUUUGCAAAGCCAAACAGGUGGCUAUAACAAUUGUGCCUUCUGCAGCACAAACAGGCGAUCCUUUGCAAAUUGUAGAAGGAAUCGUGAUCUCUGAGCAUAGGUUUUAUUUAAGUUGAUUGUCGAGCAAGAGCAAGAUUGGUAAAAUUUUCCCUGGCACAUUUUCGCAAAAGAGAACACUUCCGAACAGCAAAAGCCAUCUUGGAGGCCACUGCACCGGCAGACGAAUACGAGAAAGUCAAUUGGGAGAGGGUAUAAACUGAAUAAAUUUAAAUCCUGCUGCUUGAAACAAUUUUUUUGUCAUGCGGAACUGGGUACGGGAACAAUGAAUUCGACUACAUGCGGGCUUGUGCAUGUGAAUGUUGUACCACUAGCAAUAUUCUUAUAGAGGCCGUGCGAUUAAUGGACCCCCUUUUCGGUACCGAAAAGGGGGGGGUAGGUGCGGUCGGUCAUCUGGCCGCAUCCAAAAAUGGUCGCGUCCCUCCGGACCCGACCGAUUUUCGGAAUUUAAAAAUCGAAAACGCAAAUGCGUAACUCCCCCAACCCGGCGAAAUAAGUUCUGUUUUGUUUUCAGCGGUUUCUCAGCGGUUAUAAUCUCUGCUGCUGCGGUUCCUGCAGCGGCGUGGCUGGAAGUAGAACAGAACGAAACAGAACAACAUAAGUUUCGUGGGGCGCACACAGCGCGCGCGUGGAUUGGCUUAUGUUUGCAACAACGCAAGAAGCAUCAGGCGCACGCCGUGCGCGCGCAAACUGAAAAAAAAAAAAUGCCGCGCGCGCCGCGUGCGCGCGGCGAAGAGCAUGCGUCGUGCAUGGCUAUGUCAGGACGCUGCGAAGCAUUUGCACACAGCUGGAGCUGGCUUCGUGCAGUUCGAUGCACUUCUACUUCAGCAGGCCCACUGCGAAUACGAGAAAGUCAAUUGGGAGAGGGUAUAAAUUGAAUAAAUCCUGCUGCUUCAUCAGUUUCAUUGCAUAAACGAAAAAAACAAACUUUUUGUCAUGCGGAACUGGGUAGGGAAACAAAUUGUUUCCCUACCCAGCCCGCAUAUUUAUAGUCGAGUUCAUUGUUUAACAAUGAACUCGACUAUAAAUAUGCGGGCUUGUGAAUCAUGCGAACGUACCACGAGCAAUAUUUUCAAGUAGAAUCGCCACCAGAAUUUCAUGUGAUAUAUGUGAUCGUUCGCACGUUUUCAAAAUAAAAGUGCUGUACAAACUCCAUCUCUGUCAGGUAUUCAGCCAAGCCCCGGACAAAUUUAAAGAGCUGUUGGAGUUCGAGCUGGAGGUGGCCGUGCGUGACAGCCGACCGAAGGCAAAAGCAAAGGGCAAAGCGACCGGAAACAGCAGCACAACGUCACCCGCCAAAGCUGCGCCGGCGGUUACGAAACAAGAGACGGAGAAGAAGACAAACCGGAAAGGAAGUCUCACGGGUGACAUAUCGAAUGCAAAAAUGGCUGGGUCUGGAAAAGUGCAACUUGUGUUGCUUGUCUAGCAUUCCUGAAAAACCUGUCUUGCAUGAGCAGCAAAAGAACAGCUUCCUCGGUCAGGCAAAAACGCAAUUUGUAAUGCGUGCUAGGCAUCAGAGAGCGUCCCAUAAACUUGUCAUGCUUGGCUGCGAUUGCUAGCGCUACUUCAAUCAUCCGCAAUUCAGCAUCACAGGUUUAUUCCAGACCCAAACAUGUUUGCAUUUGAUACGACAAGAAGGGUGACAAAAAACGAAAAACAGGUGAAGAGGAAGACAUCAUGGCCGGUUUUUUCGGCAGCAUGCAGAAACUCAGGUGUCACACCUUACCGACAAUCUGCAAAAUCGACGCGGAAUAUUACAAGCUGGGCAAGGUAUGAAAAUGAAAACGUGGUUUGGUUGCUGUUUUGUCAUGCAGGAAUCAUUCCCAUUCACACCUAAAGUACUGGAAAACAAGAGGCUCAUCAUGAUGCUGAAGGAAAUCGCGAAAUUACAGUUCGAAAAAAUAUUACUGAUCCACCCACGCCCUAUUAAACACACCACAACAGAAAGAGCAAACCCAGUUGCUGAUGAGUCCGAAGAUCUGCACGUCGGUGGCCAUUAUGAACUGCAAAAGUAUCGUACUCGUACAAUAAAUGCAUGACAAAUUUCCUCAGCAUGAGAAGUAAAAUUUGUAAAUGCGGGUUUGCCUUUAAAAAAAGAUUUGUAAUGCAUGAUCGCAAUACGAGUACGAUGCUUUUGCAGUUGAUAGCCAUCGAGCUCCUCCUAGAGCGCCGCGCGGACCCGAACAUGUUCGACGUGGUCGGGCAAACACCGUUAUCCAAUGCAAAUAUGUCUGCGUCAGGAAGAAUGCAAGUUUGUCAUGCUUGUGUCACAUGGCUCUUGAACCUGUAAUGCGUGAGCAGGAAAAUAAAAGCCUCUUACCUGUCAUUGGUAAAUGUAGUUUGUCAUGCGUGGCUGCUUAUUGCAAUGCUCCAACAAUUCAUAUCAAAUUACCAUCACAAGUUUCCAGACCCAGACACAUUUCUUUGCACUGCAUAGCCGUUAUUUUUCCACGCAGGAAAGGAUUUGGGCUUGGACAAGUUUGACUCGCAGAACUCCCGAUCCGCGUUCUUUUCCGACUCCAACUCUCAACCCGGAUCGCCAACCGCAGGAGGGGGAUCGUCCCCACGAAGCCCGAAAUCCCCGAAGAUGCUGCGCGGAACCGUUUUCGGCGAGCUGCAAUUACGGCACGCCGCGGCGAACGAGAAGCGCGGGCAGUACCAGACGGAGUUACGGAAGAAGGACUACGCGACGGCCUUGGACAACGCCAGGGAGGCGCGCAUGAUCGUGAAGCAGCUGCUGAUCAGCGGCGCGGACUGUAAUCUGAAGGACAACGCGGGGCGGAGGGCAAUUGACUUCGCGAAGUAUCCUGAGUAAAAAUGUCCCCAACCCAGCAGAGUUGUGAUGCAAAGCUGCAUGCCAAAAUAAAAAGUUUCUCAUGCGGAGCCCCAUGAGAACCAUUUUGUAAGCCUGUUUUGGAAUUUGUGAUGCUAGAAUCAGCAUGAUAUGCUACAUCUAUGAUGCUUCGGAACUAGCUAAACAGGAUUACACAACGAGGAGAAACUUGUCAUGCGAAACAACCAGAGGUGGCUGAUUUGUGUAGCCGAUUUUUCAUCUUGACUCUGGUGUGGGGACAUUUUUACUCAGGAUACGAAGGACCCGGUGAUCAAGCAGAUGCUGCGGGUGGCGCAGGUCGAGAAGACGAAACUGUACGCUUUGGAGAGCAUGAAUCUGCAGAUUUUGGAGCUGCGGGUCGAGGGGUUGCCGAUGAACAAAGAGUAUCAACUGCAAAUACGUCUGGUCCUGGAAACUUGCAAUGCUGGGCCGGGAUGAAUAGUGAAUCCUCUGUAAUGCACAGCCAAGCAUGAGAAAUAUGUGCGCUGCUUAGUGUUGCGCUUUCCGCAAGACAAGCUGCGUCGUUGCGAGACAAGUAAAAGGGUUUCUUCUUGGAUACGCAUCACAAACUCUUCAGUCAUACUGGACAAGCAUGACAAACCUUGCAUCCUUUCAGACCCAGACAUUUUUGCACUGCAUAAAGGGCCGAAGUUUCUCAUCGCACGGCUGGAGGAUCUAUCCACAGUAAGUUUCCCGUACACGUACAAAUGCGGUUUCCGCAUGACAAAACUUGGUUUCAAUCCUAGUCCAGCAUGACAAGUUGGGCUCUGCAAAGUUGGGCUCUGCAAGGUAGCGAAAUUUGUCAUGCAUUUCGUACAUGCACAGGAAAUUUACAUUGCAUAUGAUCUGUUUCGAAAAAUCGGGUUGUCGGUCAUAAACAGGGAUGAUAUGAAACUGCACAAUAAACUCUUCUUCCUUUCAUUUGUACGGCAUGAACAGCAACACAAACUGCAGCACAUGUGGAUUCUGUACAUGAGAAAUUCAUGCGCCUAGAAGUGUCGUUUUGUUUAUUAAGCCGCUUCCGGAAUCCGAGUCUGUCAUGCAAACUGUGCCUUGACGAGGGAAGAGGAAGUGGUCAGCCUCAGCGCUAUAGCCUUGGACUUUUGCAUGACAAACGAUGGGGGACGAGGGGUUGUGCAAUCUCAUAAAUGAUGACGACGACCCAGACGUGACCGACAUUAGAAUCCCGGUCGGCAGCGUGGACCAGAAGCCGCUUGGGUAAGAACUUACUUACCAUUUUAUAAGCGAAAUACGCAUGAGAAAAGAGUGCACUGUAGUUCAUCCAGCAUGACAAAUGAAUCGACUUUUUUAAAAUUACAAAAACGCAGGUACGCCAUUGUGCGGCUGCAGAAUCAGACUCCGAAGAUAUCCUGUGCAAGAAAAGUAUCGUACUCGUACAAAUGCUAAUGCAAGUCUUGCAUUACAAAUCUUGUUUCCAAGGAAAAUCUGCAUUACAAAUUUUAUUUCUCAUGCUGAGGAAAUUUGUAAUGCAUUUGUACGAGUUGCGACACUUGUUUUGCAGUUCAUAGAAGAACCGCUUCAACGAGAUUCAGGAUGUGCUUGACCACUGCAUGUUGUACAACGAAAAGACGUAUCAAAUGCAAACAUGUCUGGGUCUGGAAACUUGUAAUGCUGAGUUGUGAAUAGUGAAUUCUCUGUAAUGCACAGCCAGGCAUGGGAAAUAUUUGCGCUGCUUAGUGUUGCGCUUUCCGCAUGACAAACUGCGUUUUGCAUAACAAGCAAAAGGGUCUCUUCUUGAGCACGCAUCACAAACUCUUCAGUCAUGCCAGAAAAGCAUGACAAACCUUGCAGCAUUCCAAAUCCAGACAUAUUUGCAAUGCAUAAGACGCUCACUUACCGCACGCGGGACAAGUUCCUCGAGGACAUCACGCUCACCGAGGAUCUGAGUCUGUCGCACCUCUCCAAAAAUGGUAUGCAAUGCAAAAGCAUCGUGCAACUCGUAGUUGUAAUGGCAGGCAUGCAUUACAAAUCCAGAUUUCAAGGUAAAUCCGCAUUACAAAUGACAUUUGUAAUGCUGAGCAAAUUUGUAAUGCAAUCCAUACUAAGUAGUACGAGACUUUUGCAAUGCAUAACCGGCAACGCGCAGCAAAAUGAAGUCGCCCCCGGCUGGAAGCUGGUCCUGCUGAACGGGCGACAAAUCUCGCACCUCCCCCUCAGCGAAAUUAUGGCGGAAUUAGGGCGGAUGAAGGAGAAGCAGAAGGUUUUCAUCGAGGUCAGAAACCCCAAGCCGCUCGGCAGAAUGCGGAUCUUCGUCGAGACGCACUUCGAGUGAAGCAGUUGCUGUACCCUCGACAACUGAUAGGUAAAGUAGGGUCUUUUAAUUCGACGAAAGAAAACGAAAGCCAAGAAUUUAGUACUACUCCGUGUACAAUGUAGUUCUUUCGUGAAGAAGAUAGGCGAGCCUGAUACCUUCAGGCUAGGAAGAAUUUAUUGACACUCGAAAAAAUUGUACGAUACUUGCUUAGCACAAGUGUGGAGAUAUAGUAGCACUACCUGACGUCGGAUCACUCCAAAAUGUACAACCUGACUCUGCGUUUUACUUUUUGUGUCUCUUAACUACAUUUGAAUUGCCGUAUUGUUUCCAUAAUCUAACCGUGUUUCUAGUAGCCUGUGAAUUCGAUUUUAGCUAUUAAACUUCGUAUAGUAAAAGCGUCUGUAGUCACAUCAACCCGCACGUUGAUGAUAUGGCUUGGACCUGUCCGUGGUGUUAUCUAUCAUUUGACUCCGACCGUUUGAAUUAUUCGACAAAAUAUUUCUGACAAAAGUAUCAAAAGCUACAAGUAGGUACUAUCGAUUGCCAAUUUUUUUCUGCCGAAUUUGAAACAAAGUAGUGUUUUGUGUUGCCAAUUAUCAUGUAAAAGUGCGAAGAAAAGUCCGCAUGCGCAGCGGACCGCUUUUGGUGCAGGUCAUGCACAAAAAGCUGACAAAUAUUUAUCCGUCCUAUUCUAACGUUUCUUAACAACAACUAUAGGUAGCAACUCUUUUGUCUUGAUUGAAUUUCGACUCUUCUUGUAUUUAUUACCGUGCUUAGCUCGAUAUUGGAGCCAGUUGUGAUCUCUUUUGGAAACUAUUUCGCGAACCUGUAUAGUAUGACGACAUCGAUGGCAAGUUGAGCUCUCGUUUCAAAGAGCAUUGUACAUAUUGCAUUGAUAAAAAGAAAAAUGAAACCUAGUCGACCUGUUAUUCUGAUGUCGAACAGGCCUCAUAAAGUUGUCAGUGGCUUCCGAAAC